GCGGGGUGAGUGCGAGCGGCACCGCGGGACCCCGCGGGGCUCCGGGACCACCUCUGCCGGGCGGGGACGGGGCCCGACCCCCGCGGGCGGUGGCGGCUCCGGGGGCAGCACCGGGCGUGCGGGGCACCGCGGCUCCCGCGGUCCUGCGCGCCAGCCCGGGCUGGCAGAGGGAGGAAUCUCGCCCGUUCCCAGCCGUCCUUCAGGGCUGGACAGAGCCCGCGGCCGCCGCUCCAGCUCCCUCCUAUGUUUAGUCCCAGCCCUAGGCCCCCUGGGACAGCGGGAAGAGCUCAGCCCGUCCUGGGCAGGGAGAACUUCCCGGGACACGGCGCUCCGGGGGCGGGGCACAGAACGGGGAGCUGGCGCGGUGGUGCCGGAGCGGUGCGGGAGCAUUGCCCGUCGCAAUGAGGAGCGGCGGGAGGGGGUCUCGGCUUUAACCUGUGAUCACAGCCUUGGCUCUUUGCAGAGUCAGCAGAGUGAAGAGUUGGCAAAGCACUGAAGGAGACGGAAGAAAGAAAGGGGCUUGGAGAGUCAGGAACUGCCCUAUGUGCUAGUUGACUCUGUAGGAGGGAGGCUUGGAGUAUAUGAAGACCAUCUUGGAUUUCUGAAGAAACGUUUUCAUCUCAUCACCAUGAAAGAAUAUCUUGAAAACAAGACAUUUCUCAGCAAAAAGAUCAGAGCUAUCUAUGUGUGGUAUCACAAACCAGCUAUUAAUGAAGAGCUGCUCCAGAGCUUGCCUAACUUGAAGGUAGUUGCAAGUGCUGGAGUGGGAAUAGAUCACUUGGACCUGAAACUCCUCUCCAGCUAUGGCGUGAAGGUGUCCAAUACUCCAUUUAUUGUUUCCACUGACACUGCAGACAUGGCGAUGGCUUUGUUGCUGGCAUCUUCCAGGAGACUUGUGGAAGGCCAUGAGAUGGCAGUCUCCCAUGACACAGAGUAUUUCCCUGUUGACUGGCUGGGGGUUGAGGUUUCUGGAGCGACCCUGGGGAUCCUGGGAAUGGGCAAAAUUGGUUACAAAGUGGCUGAAAGAGCCAAAGCCUUUGAAAUGAAGAUUUUGUACCACAACAGAAAUCAGAGAAAAAAGGAAGAAGAAAGUGCUGUUGGAGCUGUUUACUGUAAGAAGAUAGAUGAUUUGCUCCAGCAGUCAGAUUUUGUGCUAUUGGCUGUGAACCUAACUCCACAGACACACAAACUGAUUGGGAAGAGGGAGCUGGAGCUGAUGAAACCUACUGCUACUCUUAUUAAUAUCAGCAGAGGUCUGAUAGUGGAUCAGGAUGCUUUGGUGGAAGCACUUCAAAACAAAGUUAUUAAGGCAGCUGCUCUGGAUGUGACAUAUCCUGAACCUUUGCCAAGGGAUCACCCCUUGUUAAAGCUGAAGAAUGUUAUAAUAACUCCUCACAUCGGAAGUGCCACCAAGAAGACGCGCUGGGUUAUGAUGGAGGAAAUGGCAGAGAGCAUAGAGGCAGGCCUGGCUGGUCUUCCUAUCCCCCGUGAGGUGCUGCCCUAAGCCAGCUUGCAUUUAGGAUUAACACCACCAGUGCAGAAGCAGCAAUUUGAUCACUUUUCGUGUCAUUAUUUCAUGUAAUUUCGUGUUAUGCAGAUAAAAUAUAUAAAUCACGG